UUUUUUUUUUUUCUUCUUUUCUCUUCUUUUACCUGUUUAGAAUAUUAUUAUUAUUAUUCUAAAUGCCACCUUCUAUAUUAAAACCCAUUAUCUUUUGUACUUUCUUUAUUCUUGUUUUUUCAUGUAUAAAAAUAUUAUCCAGUAAUGCCAAUAACUUUUUAACUACAAAGUCAGGUCAUUGUAGUAAUAUUGAUUUAAAAGAAGAUCAAUGUACUUUUGUUAAAAAUACUUGUCAUGGUUUUAGUGCUAUAUAUUUGGAAUUUUAUUAUUGUUCUACUUUAUGGAAACCUGUCAUUAUUAUUAUCUUGUUAUCCGUUUUAUUCUUAUUAUUUGGUGCUAUUAGUGUUGUAGCCUCUGAUUUUUUCUGUCCCAACUUGCAGACCAUUGCAUCAAAAUUAGAAUUAUCAGAAAGUUUGGCUGGCGUCACUGUUUUGGCCUUUGGUAAUGGAAGUCCUGAUUUGUUUGGUACCUUUAGUGCAAUGGAUUCCGGUUCAGGCUCAAUGGCUAUUGGAGAAAUCAUUGGUGCUGCCUUUUUUAUUGUUUCUGUGAUUACUGGCUGCAUGGGUAUCAUUAGGCCUUUCCAAUCAAAACGCAUCACUUUUAUGCGAGAUGCUUCUUUUCUAACUGGAGCAGUUGCUUUGGUAACUUGGAUCAUUUAUCAUGGGAAAAUCUAUUGGUAUCAUGGUUUAGCUUUAAUUGGUUAUUAUAUCGCUUAUGUCGUUACUGUCCUUCUUAGUUCGUACAACUGGUCCGACGAGUUACAAAAAGAAAUGGUCUCAAAAUUGGCAAAUCAGAAUAUUUUGGAUGAAACAUCUCGGCUAUUAGGAUCGCAAGGCAACUCACCCAUCAAACCUCCAAGACUCAAUAUUCCUGAUCAAGGCUUCUCUUGUUCAACAUCUGAAUAUGAACCUCAUCUUGGUCAUAUCAUUCGUCCAAUGUCUCCUUUAUCUUCUAAAGUAUCAAAAAUGUCAUUACGAAUUGAUACUUCUGUCCAACAUCAACAACAACAUCAACGACAUGGUCAAUUACCAAGAACUGCUAGUACAAAUGGAUCCAUUUCUACCAUUAGGCCAUAUAGACGAGCCAUGACACCACGUGUGGGCAUUAGAACUUCUUUAUUUGGUGCGAUCGAGUUUACAAGUCAAAUCAGUGCCAUUCGACGUACAACUAGUUCUCAACAAAUGAUACCCGGUACUCCAACCUUGAUCGUUCCAGGUUCCGAUGAUCAGCAACGUCGCCGUCGCCAAGUAUCUGUACCUCAAGAAUUCUGGCAAAGACCUCCUCAUCCUUCAUUUAACAGUAUGCAAUUUGGUAGAUCACCUCGUGGACGACAGCGUGCUUCAACUAUCACUACAGAGCCUCCAGUUAUCACCCAUAAUUCUUCUUUAUCGGCCACUCUUCCUCGACCUACUACACCAGAUAGCUCUCAUAGUAGUACCGGAGUAGCUGAAGAUUAUUUUGCCUAUUUAUCAACGCAUCAACCUCAACCAAUGCAACCUUUGACUAUCAAUACGACCGAUCUAUCUUCUUCACGCUUAUCAGUCCCUGCUCCGCCAUCAUCUCAUCAAUAUCUUCAUCCUCCAUCAUUAGCCAUUGGUCAGCAACAUACAUCAGAAUUGACUAUACCUGAAAUUCGAUUGGCUCCUCCUAUGGUAGAACAAUAUCAUACACCAUUGGGUAGUGCAGUAUCUCCUGAAGGGAAUGAUCAUCACCGAUUACCUUCACCUCAACAUCAUCAACAACAGCGCGACAAUGGAUCAUUAAAUGUCAUCACACCAAGCCCAAGUGUUAUUAGUACAACAACAACUGAUUAUGAUUGCUUUGUAUCUGCAAGACAAAGUCCAGAAUUGACUCCUGCAUCGUUUGAACAUGAAUGUCAAGCAUUAUCCAUUCCUACUUCUUCUUUGACUGGAGAUCGUCAUAUUGGUGAUGAUGAUGAAGAAAUCAAUCAAAAGUUACAAACAGCUUCUUAUAUCUCCAACCUCAACAACAACAACAGCAACAACAACAACAAUUCUUUGUAUACCACUCUAGUUCAAGUUCAUCAAGUUCUAUUCCCAACAUUACAAGAAUGGAAAUCCAAAUCUUUAUUCUCUUGCUUUAGUUCUUUGGUGGCCAUGCCUCUCGUACUUAUUUUCACUGUGACUUUACCUGUAGCCGAAGCCGAAGAUGUCAAAGUGGAAGAAGUGGAAGUACUAAUGCACGAUGAUGAUGAUGACGACUAUAUGUAUCAUACAGGUACUACUGGUCCUCAUCCUCCAUUUGAAUCAACCAAUUACAAUAACAACAACAAUAUCCCACCUUCUUCUUAUACCUCACCAACGGCAUCUUAUGGUGUUAUAACCCAAGGUAUUCCCUCUUCUGUUCAUACCACCGCUGAUGAUCGAUUGUUACCCAAAAUGACGGAUCCACCAUCAAUGACCUCUCCUUUUCCAAAAUCUUCCUCCUCUUAUCUGGCUGUACCAACAUCAGAAAGUGAUUAUUUACUUGGUCAAUCCCAUCAUCAUCAUCAUCAUCAACAACAACAUUCCGGUCAUGACCAUCACAGUGCAGCUUCUACUUCUGAUAUUAUGGAUAUCACGGAUGCUGAUUUGCAACAAGGUUGGUGUCGUUGGUUGUUGGCUGUCCAAUGUGUAUUCAGUACUACUUUUGUGUUUUGUAUUCUUGCCUUGAAUAAAUUUUUGUCAACUCAACAUAUUCCCAUUGGCAUUGGUAUUGGAUUAAGUCUUAGUCUUGUUGUCUUGGCUACCACAAAAACGGAUGAACCUCCCAAGUGGUUUUGGAUGCUUUCCUUUGCAGGAUUUGUUAUUUCUUUGAACUGGAUCUUUUUAUUGGCGGAUACUAUGGUUGGAUUAUUACAGGCUCUUGGGAAAAUUUUUGAUAUUAGUGAAGCCAUCAUGGGUUUAACGGUGUUUGCAUUUGGUAAUAGUGUGGGUGAUUUAGUAUCAAAUACUGCGAUUGCAAAGAUGGGAUUUCCUACCAUGGCCAUUUCCGCUUGUUAUGCUGGACCUUUGCUCAAUAUGGUGCUUGGAGUGGGAGUGUCAUCAACAUAUCAGAUUUGGAAAGCACGUGGACAACCUUAUUCAUUGGCGAUCCCCCCUACCAUCUUCGUCUCUUCUGCAGGGUUAUUGACGGUAUUGCUCAGUACAUUAUUUGUAGUUAAUAUGAAUGGAUUUCAUGUCAACAAACAACUUGGAUACUGGACCAUCUCUGUCUAUACUUUUUGUUGUAUUACCAAUCUUUUAUUGGAAUUCAGUGGUUUCAAAUUGUGAAUUCCUUCCUUCUCUUUAGUUUAGCUUUGUUUUUAUCAUCAUCAUUAUUCUUAUACCAUUUCAUCCAUUUUUUCUUUUUUACAUAGUUUAUUCUUUUAACACAAAUGUUUUAUAUGUUUUAUCUGUUUUUCUCUCAUUACUGAUUUGACUAUGUAAUCAUACCAAUAAAUGCAUUUUUUUUUAUUUACCAGUUC